GCCGCCCGCAGAGCCCGCGACACCGCCCGGAGCCCGACCCGCACCGCGCAGGAGCGCCCGCCACAGCCGUCGCAAUCCGCCAUGCAGCCUGCCUCUGCAAAGUGGUACGACCGGAGGGACUACGUCUUCAUCGAGUUCUGUGUUGAAGACAGCAAAGACGUAAAUGUAAAUUUUGAAAAGUCCAAACUCACGUUCAGCUGUCUUGGAGGAGGCGAUAAUUUUAAACAUUUAAAUGAAAUCGAUCUUUUUAAUAAUAUCGAUCCAAAUGAAUCAAAGCAUAAAAGAACAGACAGAUCCAUCUUGUGUUGUUUACGAAAAGGAGAGUCUGGUCAGGCAUGGCCAAGGUUAACAAAAGAGAGGGCAAAGCUCAACUGGCUCAGCGUGGACUUCAACAACUGGAAAGAUUGGGAAGAUGAUUCAGAUGAAGACAUGUCCAAUUUCGAUCGCUUUUCUGAGAUGAUGAACAACAUGGGAGGAGACGACGACGUAGACUUGCCAGAAGUAGAUGGGGCAGAUGAUGACUCACCAGACAGUGAUGAUGAAAAAAUGCCGGAUCUGGAGUAAGGCAAACUGUCGUCUUCAGGGUUUUGGGGAAAGAAGUUCAUCACAACAUUUCAUAAUUGAGAUAAGAAUUCCUGAGUUGAUAGCCCUAAAGGGAGAUCCUGCAUCCUUUAACCCAUUUUCAGUCCAUUUUAAAUGGCUUCACUGAUGGUAGGUGUGUCCCAUGGCACGGGGCGGUCUUAAAAGCCACGAGAGGCAAUAACGUUAUGCAUGAACCGUUUUCCAGACUUCCAAAAAAACAAAAAAAAAACCAAACCAACCCAAUUGAGGUGUAGGCAAUCCGUUCAGAGCAGUUGCAAUAAAGUUUACAGAGCCUCCUUGCCUCGUAGCAGAUGUAAUUAUAAUGGGAGAACCCUGAAUUAACACUGAGUGGUAAAAGAGCAUUUUUUUUUCCCCCCUCUCUCCACGGCCUGAAAUUGUCCGUUUUUACCGGGAACAAAAACUGUUGUCAUUGGCUCCCCAAAUUCAGCAGGCGAGGCGCAUCCCUCUGUGGUGUCUUCAGGUCUGUUCCACUAAAAGUUUGUAUUGAAAAGGAAACUUCAAAAAAUUCUCCUCGUUUUGGUGUUCGCCCCCGAGCCCCGAGCGGUGCCGGUGGCCGGAGCCUGCCCCUGGUCCCGUGUGACCCCAGACCUUUCCACCUCCUCGCCCGGGGUGCGAGUGGCUGUACAUUGUUGCUUGUCAAUCUGUACAUUUAGACCAAAUCGUAUUUGCACUGUGGGUUUGGCAGCAAGUGACAGACCGUGGGGCGCGCGGGCGCCUGCGAACCGGGCUGAAAAACCUCAAUUUAUGUUCAGAGCAGCUGGGAUUUUUUUAAUGUCUGCAUUCUUUCUAAUAAACUGUUGAAGACUC